CGCGACGUGGACAGUUGCCCUCGCAAUACAACCAUGAAUCUGUCGUUGUACAGCGUCAAAGCGUUCCUCAUCCUCGACACGGAGGGACACCGUGUCCUCGCCAAGUAUUACCGGCCCAAGGGCCAUCCUCUCGGCGAGUCCAAGGAGCUUGCGACGCUCAAGGACCAGCGCGCGUUCGAGAAGGGGUUGUUUGCGAAGACGAAGAAGCCUGGAGGCGACAUCAUCCUCUACGACGGCAAUCUCGCGGUUUUCCGACACUCGCUCGACGUCAUCUUCUACAUCAUCGGCGGGGCGACCGAGAACGAGCUCAUGCUGCACUCUGCGCUGUCCGCGUUCUCGGACGCGGUGCACAUGCUGCUGCGGAACCAGGUGGAGAAGCGCGGGGUGCUGGAGAACCUGGACCUGGUGCUGCUGUGCUUGGACGAGACGAUCGAUGACGGCAUCAUCGUGGAGACGGACUCGACGACGAUCGCCUCGCGCGUCAGCCGGCCAAAGGCGGACACGACGGAGAUCGUGAUCAACGAGCAGACGAUCAUGAGCGCGUACCAGACGGUCAGGGACCGGGUCCAGCAGAGAAUAAACCAGUUCUAGACCGCCGCUACAUCGCUCUGUAAUCCCAAAAUGUAAUAUCCCUCGUCGUCUUGCUCUCAUUCGCGUUGCCCCACCUGAAGCACUUGAUUUCCUCGUUGACAAGCUAAAAGUGGGUAAAAUCCAUUAUUCAUGUCCCUCUUUGACUCGUACACUACGUGUACAUCAACCGUACUAAUA